AGCGCCGUCCUCUCUGCGACGACUACCGCUGGACCGGGAGGGAGAGGGUGGGGCCAAAGCCAGCUGCUGCGCAUGCGCCAGCCCGGGCUCCGCCCCCAUGCGCCGCGCGGCUCCCGGGCCAAGUUCUAGCGUCGGGAUCUCGGCCUCUUUCCAAACACUCCUGAUGCCUCAUUUGCCUCUGUCCUCUUUUCGACCACCUAUUUUGGGGCUGAGGCACUCACGGGGCCUCCCCAGGUUCCAUCCCGUUUCUACACAGUCGGAACCCCAUGGAUCUCCCAUCUCCCGGAGGAACCGUGAAGCCAAACAGAAGCGCCUGCGAGAGAAGCAGGCGACUCUGGAGGCUGGGAUAGCAGGGGAGAGCAAGUCGCCUGCAGAAUCCAUUAAGGCCUGGAGUCCUAAGGAGGUAGUAUUGUAUGAAAUCCCAACAAAACCCGGUGAAAAGAAAGAUGUCUCAGGGCCCCUGCCUCCUGCAUACAGCCCCCGAUAUGUUGAGGCUGCCUGGUACCCGUGGUGGGUACGAGAGGGUUUCUUCAAACCAGAAUAUCAGGCCCAGCUGCCCCAAGCUACAGGGGAGACCUUUUCCAUGUGUAUCCCACCUCCCAAUGUCACUGGCUCCUUGCACAUCGGCCACGCACUCACGGUAGCCAUACAGGAUGCCCUCGUGCGCUGGCAUCGAAUGCGUGGGGAUCAAGUGCUGUGGGUCCCUGGUUCCGAUCACGCGGGAAUCGCUACACAAGCUGUAGUGGAAAAACAACUGUGGAAGGAACGGGGAGUGAGGAGACAUGAGCUGAGCCGGGAGGACUUCCUUAGGGAGGUGUGGCAGUGGAAGGAGGCGAAAGGUGGAGAGAUCUGUGAGCAGCUGCGAGCUCUGGGUGCCUCCCUGGACUGGGAUCGAGAGUGUUUUACCAUGGAUGCUGGCUCCUCAGCGGCUGUGACUGAAGCUUUUGUGCGACUCUAUGAGGCGGGGUUGCUGUACCGGAACCGUCAGCUUGUCAACUGGUCAUGUGCUUUAAGAUCAGCCAUCUCGGACGUUGAGGUGGAGAACCGGCCGCUUCCUGGCCACACAGAGCUUCGACUGCCUGGCUGCCCCACCCCUGUGUCUUUUGGCCUCCUGUUUUCUGUUGCCUUCCCUGUGGAUGGAGAGCCUGACGCAGAGGUUGUGGUAGGAACCACGAGGCCAGAGACACUGCCUGGGGACGUGGCUGUGGCUGUUCACCCAGAUGAUUCCCGUUACACGCAUCUACAUGGGCGACAGCUUCGUCACCCCUUGAUGGGACAGCCUCUCCCCCUCAUCACAGACUAUGCUGUUCAGCCACAUGUGGGCACAGGGGCCGUGAAGGUGACUCCAGCUCACAGUCCUGCCGAUGCUGAGAUGGGGGCCCGACAUGGCUUGAGCCCCCUGAACGUCAUUGCGGAGGAUGGGACCAUGACCUCCCUCUGCGGGGACUGGCUGCAGGGUCUUCACCGGUUUGUGGCCCGGGAAAAGAUAAUGUCUGUGCUGAGUGAACGGGGCCUGUUCCGGGGCCUCCAGAACCACCCCAUGGUACUGCCCAUCUGCAGUCGUUCUGGGGACGUGAUAGAAUACCUGCUGAAGAGCCAGUGGUUUGUCCGCUGCCAGGAAAUGGGGGCCCGAGCUGCUCAGGCUGUGGAGUCGGGGGCGCUGGAGCUCAGUCCCUCCUUCCACCAGAAGAGCUGGCAGCACUGGUUUGCCCACAUCGGGGACUGGUGUGUCUCCCGGCAGCUGUGGUGGGGCCAUCAGAUUCCAGCCUACCUGGUUGUAGAGGACCGUGCGCAGGGCGAAGAAGACCGUUGGGUGGUUGGACGGUCAGAGGCUGAGGCCAGAGAGGCAGCAGCAGAACUGACAGGGAGGCCCGGGGCAGAGCUGGCCCUGAAGAGGGACCCUGAUGUCCUGGACACAUGGUUCUCUUCUGCCCUGUUCCCCUUUUCUGCCCUGGGCUGGCCCCAAGAGACCGCAGACCUUGCUCAUUUCUACCCGCUGUCACUUUUGGAAACGGGCAGUGACCUCCUGCUGUUCUGGGUGGGCCGCAUGGUCAUGUUGGGGACCCAGCUCACAGGGCAGCUGCCCUUCAGCAAGGUGCUUCUUCAUCCCAUGGUUCGGGACAGGCAGGGCCGGAAAAUGAGCAAGUCCCUGGGGAAUGUGCUGGACCCAAGAGACAUCAUCAGUGGGGUGGAGAUGCAGGUGCUGCAGGAAAAGCUGAGAAGUGGAAAUUUGGACCCUGCAGAGCUGGCCAUUGCGGCUGCGGCACAGAAAAAGGACUUUCCUCAUGGGAUCCCUGAGUGUGGGACAGAUGCCCUGAGAUUCACACUCUGCUCCCAUGGAGUUCAGGGGGGCGACUUGCGCCUGUCCGUCUCUGAGGUCCAGAGCUGCCGACAUUUCUGCAACAAGAUCUGGAAUGCCCUGCGCUUUAUCCUCAAUGCCUUAGGGGAGAAAUUUGUGCCACAGCCUGCUGAGGAGCUGUCUCCCUCCUCCCCCAUGGACGCCUGGAUCCUGAGCCGCCUUGCCCUGGCCGCCCGGGAGUGUGAGCGGGGCUUCCUCAACCGAGAGCUCUCACUUGUCACUCACGCCCUGCACCACUUCUGGCUCCAUAACCUCUGCGAUGUCUACCUAGAGGCUGUGAAGCCCGUGCUGCGGCGCUCGCCCCGCCCCCUGGGGCCCCCUCAGGUCCUGUUCUCCUGCGCUGACCUUGGCCUCCGCCUCCUGGCCCCACUGAUGCCCUUCCUGGCUGAAGAGCUCUGGCAGAGGCUGCCCCCCAGGCCUGGUUGCCCCCCUGCCCCCAGCGUCUCGGUUGUCCCCUACCCCAGCGCCCAAAGCGUGGAGCACUGGCGCCAGCUGGAGCUGGAGCAGCACUUCUCCCGGGUCCAGGAGGUGGUGCAGGUGCUGAGGGGUCUCCGAGCCACGUACCAGCUCACCAAAGCCCGGCCCCGAGUGCUGCUGCAGAGCUCAGAGCCGGGGGAGCAGGGCCUCUUUGAGACCUUCUUGGAGCCCCUGGCCACCCUGGCCCACUGUGGGGCUGUGGGCCUGUUACCUCCAGGUGCAGCAGCUCCCUCUGGCUGGGCCCAGGCUCCACUCAGUGACACGGUUCAGGUCUACAUGGAGCUGCAGGGCCUGGUGGACCCCCAGAUCCAGCUAUCUCUGUUAGCUGCCCGAAGGCACAAGUUGCAGAAGCAGCUUGAUGGCCUCAUAGCCAGAACCCCAUCAGAAGGGGCGACAGAGACUCAGAGGCAACAAAAGCUUUCUUCCCUCCAGCUGGAAAUGUCAAAAUUGGACAAGGCGGUUUCUCACCUCCGGCAGCUGAUGGAUAAGCCUCCAACCCCAGGGAGCCUGGAGCUCUAACUCAUCGUCUCCAUCAGUUUUCUCCCUCUCAGACCUGUCUUUGAGGACAAACAGAUUUGUCAGCUGUCAGGAUGCAGUAGGACAUCAGAGAUUAUGUGGCCCAUUGCCUUCAUUUCGUAAAUGAGGAAACAGACUGAUUUGGUUGUUGCAGUGACUGUGGUGUCCUUGAGACACCACACGUUGAGAUGCUCACGUUACUGCCUGGCCUGCCUCCCACCUGGAAGUUUGGGAAUGAGGAGAUUCAGAUAAACUUUUAAAAUUCCAAA